CGUCGAGUAUCUGUGACGCAAACGCUCGACCAAUCGGAAGGCUCUCUCACCAAAACACUUCCGCUUAGCCCUCGCCGCAGCCUGUCUGGUCUUUCCCAGCGAAGCUGUCCGUGCGAGCGGUCUUCACAGACGUGUACGGCACGUAGAAACUAAAGCAAAGAUGCCUCCAAAGAAGGGAGAUGCCCCGAAGCAGCCCCCGUUGAUUGGACGCUUCGGGACGUCGCUUAAAAUCGGAAUCGUGGGACUGCCGAAUGUCGGCAAGUCCACCUUUUUCAACGUGUUGACCAAAAGCCAAGCAGCAGCCGAGAACUUCCCCUUCUGCACCAUCGACCCAAACGAGAGCAGAGUGCCCGUCCCCGAUGAACGCUUUGAGUUCCUCUGCCAGUAUCAUAAACCAGCCAGUAAGGUUCCCGCUUUCCUCAACGUGGUGGACAUUGCCGGCCUGGUGAAGGGGGCUCACUCGGGUCAAGGGCUGGGCAACGCGUUCCUCUCGCACAUCAGCGCCUGCGACGGGAUCUUCCACAUGACGCGCGCCUUUGACGACGAAGACAUCAUCCACGUGGAGGGCAACGUGGACCCCGUGCGGGACAUGGAGAUCAUCCACGAGGAGCUGAGGCUGAAGGACGAGGAGAUGAUCGCGCCCAUCAUCGACAAGCUGGAGAAGACGGCGGUCCGAGGCAACGACAAGAAGCUGAAACCCGAAUACGACGUCAUGUUGAAGGUGAAGAACUGGGUGGUGGACGAGAAGAAACACGUGCGGUUCUACCACGACUGGAAUGACAAGAGGUGCGCCGCUCGUGGUUCUCGGGUGUUGAGUGCGCGUGCCGCCGUGACGCAAUUGCGGUCGUGUUCCCAGAUCGAGGUUCUCAACAAGUACUUGUUCCUUACGUCCAAACCCAUGAUUUACUUGGUCAACCUCUCCGAGAAGGAUUACAUCCGGAAAAAGAACAAGUGGUUGGCUAAAAUCAAGGAGUGGGUGGACACUCACGACCCGGGCUCCAUGGUGAUCCCCCUCAGCGGAGCCUUGGAGUCCAAACUGUUCGACAUGGAACCGGAGGAGCAGAAGAAAUACUGCGAGGAGCAAAAGACGCAGAGUGUCCUCACCAAAAUAAUCAAGACAGGCUACGCGGCGCUACAGCUGGAAUACUUCUUCACCGCGGGACCGGACGAGGUGCGAGCGUGGACCGUCAGGAAAGGCAGCAAAGCUCCGCAGGCGGCCGGGAAGAUCCACACCGACUUCGAGAAGGGCUUCAUCAUGGCCGAGGUGAUGAAGUUCGCCGACUUCAAGGAGGAGGGCAGCGAAAACGCCGUCAAGGCCGCAGGGAAAUACAGGCAACAGGGUCGGAACUACGUGGUGGAGGACGGCGACAUCAUCUUCUUCAAAUUCAACACGCCCAACGCGCCCAAGAAGAAAUAAGAUUGUCACGGGAUAUUUUUUAAAUCCGAGAACGCCAUGCACAUUUUUGCUUUUUAUUGCCCACACGUACACACACACACACAGAAUGCCUUCAAUCUGCUCCGGAAUCAUGUGGACUGUCAAAGCUGCCCUAAAAAAAAAAAAAAAAAAGUAAAAAUGUCAUCAUCAUCAUCGCUGCGCACGUGUCAAUAAAAUGUGACAGAACCCACUUAUGAUUCU